AUGGCUAUGCUUGCAGUUACUUUCUUGUCCAACAAGUUUAGCGGUUUACGUCUCAAUUUCAACGGUUAUCAAUACAUGAUCAAUUCUCGGAGAGGAGACCGACGCUACUGGAAGUGUAUAAUUCCGGACUGUGCUGCAAGACUCAACACGCAUCAUGAGUUCAUCACAAACUUCGUGCAUCACCACAACCCUGAACCAGAUGCCAUCGACGUUAAAGUACGAAGAAUCAUGGAGAAAAUAAAACAGAGAAGCAAAGAAGAGACCAAACCAGUGCCAGCAAUCUAUAAGGAGGAACGAUGCCGUCUCCGAUCAGAGGAAUUAAUCGAAUCUGAGCCUGAUCAUCACAACGUCACCUCAUCACUCCCGACUUUCUACGCCUGCAAGUCCGCCCUUUACCGCCAACGUGGGAAGGAAAUUCCGAAACUCCAUAUCACACCACAGGAUAUCAUCUUAGAGGGAAAAUGGACCCGUACCAACGCUGGAGACAACUUCCUUGUGGCUGAUGAUGGUGAAGACUCAAGAAUUGUGAUCUUUGGAACAGACAUAAACAUCAACUACCUCGCCGCCAGCAACAGAGUCUACAUGGAUUGA